AUGGGCCUGCUGGACUGCUUCUGGCCAUGCUUCGGGCGCCAGCUUUCAAGGCGACCAAGCAGUGCCGAUGGCCCACACUACCACCAGACCACUCGCAUCAUCUCCCGCCUGCCGGUCUUGCUCGAGAAGUUGAACCACUCCAAUGUGAUCGUGAGCGCUGGCUCCUUCGGCUACAGGGAUGAACCUGGCAAGCACGGUGCCCUCGAUCUCGGUGUCGCCGGCGACAUCAUCGAGGACGAGGGGACGCACGCGUUCUUGAGCAGCUUGGAGCUGGACAUGUCAGAUGCGAAGAAGAUUUCCCACAUCCUCGCCUCAGAGCAGACAAGCGCCAUCGAGAGGUCCGACUUCCUGCUGGGUUGCAAGCGCAUGCGCGGAGGUGCCAGCGGCGUCGACUUGGCUAGAACACAGAUGGAGCAGGAGUGGCUGCACAAUGCCAUGUUGCCGAACAAGAUGCUUCUGCACAAGAUUACGAGGUUGCUAUCUGCGGAGCGUCUUGCAAGCCAAAGCAUUCGCAAUUCCCGGGUGAUACAGAAACAGAUGUCGGAGACUUCAAGUGGCUGGAAUCCCGGCAUCGACGACUUCAACCGCGACGAGCCUGUCGUGGAGGCUCGCUUUGAGGAGACCGACGACAUCCAGAUUCACGCAAUUCAGAGGAGCAACCUGCAGUCAUGGCAGCAGGCUGUCACGAUGAAGGAGUUGCUCACGAUUCGCAGCGACCUCCCGCGGGUUUGCCACGGUUGGAGGAGCGAACGCUCUCACCAUCUGAUGCUCGAGAAGUUCAACCUGUACGACUUCGUGUCUCGGCUGCUGACGGACAACCAGGCAUCGAGUGCAGCAGGCAGUGAGCAUCCUCCAGUGUUUGACUACUCCUCAGAUACCAAGUGCGUCUUCGACCCACUGGAAGUAGGUGGUGGUGGACUUCUGAAAUGCUCGACGAAACAGGGAUAA